AUGAGAGAUUUGACCAAUAUCAUCCUAAAUAACAAGUACCAGUUCCAGAAGAAGAUUGGCUCUGGUUCGUAUGGUAUCGUUUAUUCUGCCCGCCAUCUAUAUACGGGGAAGUCUUAUGCGAUCAAAAUUAUUUUGAAGCAUCAGGCUCCCAAAAACUCCGAGAAUGGUAACGGUGGUCGUAACAACAAGCAGCUUUUACAGGAAUUGGAAAGAUCCUUACUCUAUCAGGCUCUUAUGAAUAACGGAACACUUAUGACCAAUCUGCUUUCAAUGGAGAUGAUUAUUCGAAAAGGCUACAACUGUAAGAUCUUGAGAGAGAUGAGUUUACAGCUCAGAGUUCAUAAGCAUCCGAAUAUCUUGUCUAUUUACAAGGUUUAUGGUGUUCGAGAGGCUCUUUUUGUCAUCAUGGACUACUACCCUGAAGGUGAUUUAUUCGGCACCAUAGUUGAUAAGCAGAGGUAUAGCUCGGAUCCUUUCCUGAUAAAGUCUGUCUUUAUUCAGCUUGUCGAUGCUAUCACUUAUUGCCACAGCAAGGGUGUUUAUCACUGUGAUUUGAAACCGGAGAAUAUUUUAGUUGCUGAAAAUGGAACAAAACUUAUAUUAGCUGACUUUGGUCUUGCACUCCGUGAGCCUUACACUGAAUCUAACGUUUGUUGUGGCUCCAGCUAUUACAUGUCGCCAGAGAGAAUUCAAAAUUUCUGCCAAGGGUUUGACUCUAAGGAUUCGAAAGUCAUUCAUAUCGAUAGGUUGCUUAGGCCCAACAGCGAAGGCAUGAGACAAAAUGUUCGCUUCCCGACAUCUGCCGGGGAUGUCUGGUCAUUAGCCAUCAUCCUUAUCAACCUGAUCUCCAUUAGAAAUCCUUGGCUUAAAGCAAGUCUCAACGAUACUACUUUCCGUGCUUUCGUGAAAGAUCCAUCAGUUUUACUUAAGAUCCUCCCCAUCAGCAAGGAGAUAUUUCACGUGUUAUGUCGCUAUCUUAAGUUGAAUCCUUGGGAGAGAGGUAACUUAUUUGAGUUUAGAAACGAUGUUCUUGCCUGUCAGAAGCUGUCAGAGGCUGGCCCAUUGUCUAUUGAUUCGAGAAUUGAUUCUAUGGAUAUUAUUACUACUGAAUCUCAACAGUUCAAUGUCAACAAAUUCGACGUUUGCAUGGUUCCUGUGGAUCAUGUUUCUAUGAACAGAAUGCGCUCCAAGGAGAACUCUGGUAUUGAGAAUAUCGAACAGGAGAAGGAGUAUAUCAUUGGAUUGCCUAUUGCCGACGAGCCAGAUUCCAAUAACGUUGCUACUGCUGCUACUGCUCAAGGAAUUUAUGGACCUGAUAAUCCAGGUAACGGCAAGGAAUGCGGUUCCUGCGUUGCGUGUGGUUAUGGUGUUCCUGGUUCAGAGCCGUAUGAAAGUAUAGAGUCCAUUAAUAAGCAAGCUGCCAUUGAGCAGGAACUUAAUAAUGAACACCAAGAGCACGAGCAGCGUGCCUUGGCUAUGCAUCAUUCUAAGAAGAGCCCAGGUGUUCUUCGUAAGAUUUUUGGACGUAGGCAUACUCAUCAGUCGUCCGGUGAUGUGGAAUCGGAUACUCAGCAGAAUCAGCAGCCACAGCAGACUCAGAUUCAACAACAACAACCUCAGCAGACUCAAAUUCAACAACAACAACAACAACCUCAGCAGACUCAAACUCAACAGCGACAGCCUCAGCAGUCUCAGCAGACUCAUAAUCGCCACCAUCAAAGUCAACAUUCGUCACGGUAUCAUCAACAGCAACCUCAAUAUCAGCUGUCUCCCCAACAGUUGCAACAAUAUCAAUUACAACAACAGUUACAACAGCAGAGACUCCGACAGCAGGCGGGCCUGAUGCAGACACAAAUUCAAGGUCAAGGUCAAGGUCAAGGUCCCUUUUCAGGGGCUGGCGUUCAAGGGAGACGUAUAACAGAAGAAAAUCUUCGCAACCAUAACAGAACGUUCUAUCCUAGCGGAACAACUAAUAACAAGUAUUCCAAAAUAAGGGUAGAUUCGCUUCUUUCGGAUUAUAAGUCGAUUUUUCCUUCGUCUGACGUCAGCGGCAAUGUGAAUCUCCCAACUGCAAACAACUUUAUUAUUGACAGUGGAGCCAAUAACCACACUUCGGGUGAAGGAUCAACCACAGAUACAACUACGGGUAAUGCCAGUGCACAGACAUCGUCUGUGUCUUCUAUAGAUGGAGCAGAACCCUGUGAAAAAAUGGAAGUGAUUAUUCACAAGCCCGAAGAGAACAACAGCCCCAAAAUGAACAAUCUUACCGAAGAUCUAAGUAUGGUCAGCGUGAUGAUGAACUACAAACUACUAGACAGUGAGUAG